AUGGAUUGCACAUACAAGACGAAUAAGUACAAGUUUCCUUUGCUUCAAAUUGUUGGUGUAACAUCGACUGAGAUGACUUUUUGUGCAGCAUUUGCUUUCAUGGAGUGUGAAAAAACGGAAAACUACACUUGGGUCUUGGAGAAGCUAAAAGGCAUGAUGGAUCCCAACGCGCUUCCGUCCGUUAUUGUCACAGAUAGAGAGUUGGCGCUUAUGAAUGCCAUCGAACAUGUUUUCCCUCAAGCUACCAACCUCCUAUGUAGGUGGCAUAUUGGCAAGAACGUAUUAGCCAAGUGUAGAAAGAUGUUUGAUGACAAGAUGUGGGAGGAGUUUAUUUGCAGUUGGGGCUUAGUCGUCCUUUUAUCGAGUGUUGCACAGUAUGAGGAGCACCUUUGUGUUUUGAAGCGUAAUUUUGAAAUGGUUCCUGUAGCACUUGAGUACGUCGAGAAAAAUUGGUUGGUACCCUACAAAGAGAGGUUUGUAGGAGCUUGGACGGACAAAGUCAUGCAUUUCGGAAACCUAACAAGUAACAGGGCGGAGAGUUCACAUUCGAAGCUAAAAAAUCAUCUUGAAAACUCGCAAUGCAAUUUUGAUACUAUAUGGGAGAAGAUUCACAGAUUGAUGUUGUUACAAGUUACUGAAAUCAAAGCUUCGUUUGAGAAGAGCCUUAAUUCUGUGCAACAUGAUUUUAGGACAACUCUAUUUGAUAGGCUAAGGGGAGUUGUUUCGUCAAAUGCCAUGACACUUGUUUUAGCGGCAUCCCAUCAAGUCGAAUGGUUUGUGAAAUCGAAGCGUCAAUGCGAGUGUUCUUUGAGGCACACCCAUGGUUUACCUUGCGCUCAUGAGAUUGCUCCUUACAAGAUGGAAAAUAUCCCUCUACCGAUUGAGUUAAUCUACGACCAUUGGAAGAGACUUUCUUUGCUUGCACCCCAGAAUGAGGGUUCGAUGGAGGAGACGCUUUUGGCUCACUUUGAUUGUUUUUACAACAAGUUCUUGAAAGAAGAUCAAUUUGAUGUAAAGCUAAAUUAUGUUAAGAAAAUGCAAGAGCUUGCUCAUCCGAAAACCAGUACUCUCCUUGAACCCAAAGUGAAUGCACAACCACGCGGUCGGAAGUCAACGAAAGAAAAAAAUGCAGCCAAAGAACAAAAUUCGAUGCGUAGGGAUCCCUCGGAAUUUGAGCAUGUUAUGGCAUCCCUUCAAACCCCUAAGCCGGUCAAAGAGAAACUGUCACGCCCACGAUUUUUUAACUAA